AUGGGAAGUAAGAAAGAUGAUGGGCUCUUGAACAGGAUCUCAUGUUCAGGACCAGCAUCCCUAGGAAGCAGUCAUGUUACUAGUUCUCAUGGUUUACCACUCCAGGAACCAUUUGGCAUCCCCUUUCCUUUUGGACAAACAUACUGGGACCACCAACCUUACAAUGGAUAUUCAGGAAGAUUCUCUUAUCUACCCUUUUCUGGGUAUGUAGGAGUCUAUGACUACUCGUUUGAGCCUGCUUUCAUUCGGAAGAGGAAUGAGAGGGAAAGGCAGAGGGUUCGUUGUGUAAAUGAGGGCUAUGCACGCCUCCGAGACCAUCUUCCCAAAGAGUUUGCUGAGAAGCGUCUCAGCAAAGUGGAGACUUUGAGAGCUGCCAUAACUUACAUCAAACACCUUCAGAAUUUACUGGAGUAUCAUCCUUUAGGAGCAAAGACAGCCAUUCCAGCUACAGAGGCACCAGCAGCUUCUGGUCCUAGUUUAAGAAGGGAAUGCAACAGUGAUGGUGAAUCUAAAACUUCAUUAGCUUCAUCUCCUUACAGUGAGUUUGAGGAAGUUUGUAGUUAG